CUCGUCCUUGCAGGGCGGCUGCAGAAGGCAUGCGGUUCCGAUAUCAGUACCGGUAACGGUAUUACCGACCGCCUGUUCAGGGUCCGCUCUACCCACGCGCUCUGAUUGGUCCCCCGCGCCGACGAGGCGGUUAUCAGGGAAGUUCGGCGAUCGCAGACCCCCCCGGAUUACGCAGCAUUACGCAGCAUUACGCGGGUCGUACCAGGCUAUUUAUUUGCCUUCGCUCGUCUCCAACUUUCCUCUCCUUCCUCUGCCACUCUCUGUACUUCUCCCCUCCUAAUACCCUUAUCCCUUCGUCCAACUCUCUUAUAUAUUCUGUAUCAACCCAUCGACCCAUCCUCCCCGUUCUUCUACCUUCCUCACCAUGGCUGCUGCCCGUCGGUCCCUUGCUCGAUCUCUCCCCGCUCUCCGCGCUGCGUCUCCCCGCACGGUGCUGGCUUCACCUGCCGGGGCGUCUUCAGCUCGCUCUCUUUCGACUUCGUCCACAUUUUCGGCCUCCUCGGUGCUGGCUGCUCAGCGCUCGUCGUCCGCAUCCUCCCCCGCUCCUCUGGUUGCUACGCGCAAACUGCAUGUUACAGCGCAGCAGCUCGCCCCCGCAACGACUUCCGCGGCUACCACCGCCACCGAAUACCCGACGGACCACAAGCCCAUUGCCAACCCAAUUGAUACCACCAACUUCAUUGACAAUCAGUUCGUUCCGUCCAAGGCCACGACGUGGAUAGACUUGAAUGAUCCGGCCACCAACAACCUCGUCACCCGAGUACCUCAGAGCACCGAUGAGGAACUGCGGGCCGCCGUCGAGUCGGCCGAAAAGGCCUUCCCCGCCUGGCGUGCGACCAGCGUCAUUGCCAAACAACAGAUCAUGUUCAAGUUUGUCAGCCUGAUCCGUGCCAACUGGGACCGACUGGCCUCGUCUAUCACCUUGGAGCAGGGCAAAACCUUUGCCGAUGCCAAGGGCGAUGUUCUCCGCGGAUUGCAGGUGGCCGAAACCGCCUGCGGCAUCACCACCCAGCUCACGGGCGAAGUACUCGAAGUCGCUAAGGAUAUGGAGACUAGGAGCUACCGGGAGCCCCUGGGAGUGGUUGCGGCCAUCUGCCCCUUCAACUUCCCCGCCAUGAUUCCCCUUUGGUGCAUUCCCAUUGCGACUGUGACUGGAAACUGUCUCGUCCUGAAGCCGUCGGAGCGGGACCCCGGUGCCGCCAUGAUCCUGGCCGAAUUGGCCAAGGAGGCUGGGUUCCCCCCUGGUGUGAUCAACCUGGUCCACGGCUCCGCCAAGACCGUCGAUUUCAUCCUGGACGCGCCUGCCAUUAAGGCCAUUAGCUUUGUCGGCAGCAACAAGGCUGGCGAGUACAUCUACACUCGAGGCUCCGCCAACGGCAAGCGUGUGCAGGCGAACCUCGGUGCAAAGAACCACGCCGCCGUGCUUCCGGACUGCAACAAGAACCAGACCCUCAAUGCCAUUGUCGGCGCUGCGUUUGGCGCGGCGGGUCAGCGAUGCAUGGCCUUGUCCACCGUGGUGAUGGUCGACGAGACCAAGGAUUGGCUUCCUGAGAUGGCCGAACGUGCUAAGGCUCUGAGCGUUAACGGCGGAUUCGAAGAGGGUGCCGAUCUGGGCCCCGUCAUCAGCCCCGAGAGCAAGAAGCGCAUCGAGGACUUGAUUGCUAGUGCCGAAGAAGAGGGGGCCACCAUCCUCCUCGACGGACGAGGCUACAAGCCCAAGAACUACCCCAACGGCAACUUUAUCGGCCCCACCAUCAUCACCAACGUUACCCCCGACAUGAAAUGCUACCGGGAAGAGAUCUUCGGCCCCGUGCUGGUCUGCCUGAACGUCCCCACCCUGGAAGACGCCGUCGAACUGAUCAACAAGAACGAGUACGGCAACGGCGCCGCGAUCUUCACCUGCUCCGGCCCCACUGCUUCACGCUUCCAGAAGGACAUCGAGGCCGGCCAGGUCGGUAUCAACGUCCCCAUUCCCGUCCCGCUGCCCAUGUUCUCGUUCACCGGCAACAAGAAGAGUAUCGCCGGUGGCGGUGCCAACACGUUCUACGGCAAGCCGGGCUUGCAGUUCUACACGCAGCAGAAGACGGUGACGAGUUUGUGGAGAGGCGAGGAUGCCGUCAGCACCAAGGCCAACGUGGUGAUGCCGACUCACUCGUAAGUGUUGAAACUUGAAACACAAAUGACAUAUAUAAAAAGCGCCGGAACCCCUUUCUUUGCUUGACUUUGGUGCAUUGUGGGAUUGGAUUUUUUGCUGGCAUGAAAUAAAUCAUUGGACAAAUUGGAUUUGUCUUGUUUUUUU